AUUUCCGGUCGCGCCAUUUUAGGCCCGAGCGCACGCAGGACGUUGUUGGUCUGUCGCGUUGGGAGCGUCGUCACUGCAGGAGUUGUGAAGGAGGGUUUUUUUUUAUUUAUAUUUUUCUGAGAUUUUUUUUGUUGCGUUAAAUAAUACGAAUUGAACAGUGCGUGACAAAGCUUCUAAGACUAUAAUUAUACAAAGGAUUUCAUCGGCCCAAUAAGAAUUCCCUAAUGGUCACCCGGAAAAGAGGAAGACUUGCCAGUAAAGGCGGGGACACCAUGUGCUCGGGUUCUUCUGAGGAAUGUGACCGUGCCUUUAAGAUCGAUUCUGAAAGCCCGACCGAGCACCUGUCUCCAGAAAGUGAUUCGAACGACUGGGGCCUAGAUGAGCUCCUAAACUCCGACUUCAACUGGGCUUUAGAAGACGAUGUGCUCUCUCCUUUUCAAGACAUCGGCACGGAAGACCUCGGUUCAAGUCCGAAAGACAAGCUGGAUCGGGAAUCUGACGUGAGCGUAUCCCGCAGCAGGGUUUCAACUCGGAGGCAGAACCUACAAGACCUGUCUGGGCGCAACAUCAAUAAAAACGCACUUGCGGCAAGAUUGAAUCGGCUAAGGAAGAAAGAAUAUUUGAAUGGCUUAGAGCAGCGCGUUGGCACGCUGACGUCGGAGAACCGGAUCCUCAAGCAGGAGAACGGCAGCCUGAGCAAAAGAGUGGAAGAACUUGAAAAUGAGACUAGGUACUUGAGAGCUGUGUUGGCCAAUGAGAGCAUGUUGGCGCAGCUUUUGUCUAGAUUGAGCGGUGUGAGCGGCAUGAAAUUCUCUACCUCACUUUUCCAGGAGAACAACGAGAGUGACCACGAUUACGCCAUGCCUAGGAAGAAAGUGAAGGUGGAGGACAAGGAUGCAGCAGGUGGUGUCUGUCUGCAUGUGGAUAAAGACCAUGUCUCUGUGGAGUUCUGCACUAAGUGCGCAGAGAGCGCGAGCGCAUCACAUAAAAUGUAGGGUCAAGUAUUUUGCCGUUUCAGCGUUUUUUCCUGAGACUGAACUAAUGUAAUGAGCAGCGUGUUGGACGUCACAGCAGUAGUUGUCAAAUGACAAAUUAACUGUACAAAUAGACACAUGGCAUGUAUAUAGAAACUGGUUUAAAUACAAGUUACUGCUAAACUUGUUGACAGUUUUCUUCCUAGGUGCUUGGUCUGCCAUGUGGGGUGACUGGAUCUCAGAGCAUCCAUGACAACCGGAACCUAUGGUAAGGAUCAAGAUGUUGAAGACUGCACAGAAAACAGUUUCUCCUGAGAUGUGCUGCAAAGUUCAUGGCACAGUAUACACAAAAAAUGACCUUGUAAAUAAGCUUGUAAUUGAAACUAUCUGAAUUUAAUUCAACACUUUGGAGCAUGCUAAUGACUCAUGCAGCAGCUAGCUUGUGAACACUAUAGAAGGGCUAAUUAGUACUCAUUGUACAUUUGUUUUAAAUCAUGUAAAUGGGUGAUGUUUCACAAAGGGUGUCUUGGUAUUCUGACAAUAAGUGGUAAUUGGUGUGGCUGAAUUGGUACUUGGACAAUUAGAGCAAAUCCUUUUUUUUUUUGCUCAAACAAAACCCUUUUUGAAAUGUCACUGCUUUGCUGAAGAACAUUUUUCAUGGAGCCCCUUAUUUUUCUUUAUGCUAAAGUGGAUUUGCUGUGGGGGAAAGCUGAAGAAACGGGACCAGCAGCUUGCAACAUGGCCUGGUAAAUUAUAAAAGGUAGUACAAGAAUCAGUGUAAGUUAACGCUUUUACUGGUACUCCAUCGUGUUGCAUUUUCUUUCAUAUAAAAAAUGCAUUGUUCUAGUAUCAGCGAGGAGUUAAAGCUCCUGGCCUUUUGAGCCUACUAGCAAACUAUUGCAGCAAACAGUGUAUGUGUUAAAGAAGCGCUUCAGCUUCAUCCUCACCCUCACAAACAGAUGACAUGGAUUACUUUUUUUGGCAAAGUGUGAUUGUAUUUUGUUAAGUGCAUUGUAUAGAAGUCACUGUAUUUGAAAUCCAAAGACUGUUUAGGAUUUUGAAUCAGUAUCUGCAAAUAAAUCCUAUUUUUUGUCAACA